CUCGGGUGGGGGCGGAGGUGGCUCCCAUUGAAGCGGGGGGCGAGCGGGUUUUUCUCCCUAGCACCAGCCCGCGAGCUUUGCCUCUGUGGAACGUGCGGAGCCGGGCUCCUGCCUGGCAGCCUGCGGGAAAAAGGGACUAAAGCCCACAGGAAUUGGGUGGCCUUGGUGCAUUAGGUGGAACUUCCUGCGCUAUGGGAAAGAAAACCAAGAGGACAGCAGAUAGUUCGUCCUCUGAAGAUGAGGAGGAGUAUGUUGUGGAGAAGGUGCUAGACAGGCGUGUUGUGAAGGGUCAAGUGGAGUAUCUUCUCAAGUGGAAAGGAUUCUCUGAGGAACACAACACUUGGGAACCCGAGAAGAACCUGGACUGCCCUGAACUGAUUUCUGAGUUUAUGAAAAAAUAUAAAAAAAUGAAGGAGGGUGAGAACAACAAAUCAAGAGAGAAAUCCGAAAGCACAAAGAGGAAAUCCAGCCUCUCUAACAGCGCCGAGGACAUCAAAACCAAAAAGAAGAGGGAGAGCAACGAUAUCGCCAGGGGCUUCGAGAGAGGGUUGGAGCCGGAAAAGAUCAUCGGUGCCACAGACUCCUGCGGCGAUUUAAUGUUCUUAAUGAAAUGGAAAGACACGGAUGAAGCAGACCUGGUCCUAGCAAAGGAAGCCAACGUGAAAUGCCCGCAGAUUGUGAUAGCGUUUUAUGAGGAGAGACUGACCUGGCACGCGUACCCAGAGGACACGGAAAACAAAGAGAGAGAAGCAGCGAAAAGCUAAAGUGCCGUCCUGCGCCCUCCUGAGCUGUACAUACACAUCCGCCCCACCUGACCACAUCCAUUGAAAUGUGCUUAUUACUGUGCCCCCAGGAGACACCUUGUUCUUGGUUCAGUCGUCACAUAAAUGAUUUGCUUCAUGUCCAGCU